AUGGCCCCAGAGUAUGCUUACUGGGGGCAUGUCUCCUCCAAGUCAGACAUGUUCAGCUUCGGUGUUGUAGUCCUGGAGAUGGUAACCGGACGAAGAAACAACAGCGCAUUUGACUCUGCCACAGACUACGUGUCUGUGUUGAGCCACGUAAGUGCAUCAUGUUCUUUGGAAAAUUGUCAUGAAGAAAGAUUUCUCAAUAAAAUAUGGGCUUUGGUCUGUUUGGACUUUGAAAUGAUGAAAUCCCCCAAUCCUCAUGGGAAGGGGAUUAACCGACCAUCAGUGCAUGUGCAGGUCUGGGACAAGUGGAGGACUGGUUCCACAGCGGAUGUGGUGGACCCAUUGCUGGCCGAGUCAGGGUACCCAGAGUUCGAGGUCCUCACCUGCAUAGAGGUCGGGCUCCUUUGCGUCCAGGAGAACCCGGUGGAGCGGCCGGAUGCCUCCACAGUGGCGCUUAUGCUAAGGAAUCCGACAACCACACCUGAAGACAGGCGAGCCCCGUCCAGGCCGGCCUUCAUCUUCAGCUCUGAAUUCAGCACUGUCUCAGAUCGCCCCGGAACCGGUACAUGGAGCUCUGAUCAACAGCCGUCAAUGGCCACAGUUUCGGAGAACGAUGUGUCCAUCUCAGAGCUUCAGCCGAGGUAG